AGCACACGUCAACCGCCUAGUGAACACACCAUUACUAUCCUGUGCCAUUGCCAUAGAGGGACCUCAGCUAUCAAUCACUAGCACAUGACUGACAGAUGGAGAAUGGGGCUUUGGGCUUUGGCAAUUCUGACAGUUCCGAUGUAUUUGACAGUUACGGAGGGCAGCAAACCAUCCUGGGGUCUGGAAAACGAGGCUUUAAUUGUGAGAUGCCCCAAAAGAGGACGCUCGACUGAUCAUGUGGAAUGGUAUUACUCAGAUACAAAUGAAAGUAUUCCUACUCAAAAAAGAAAUCGGAUCUUUGUCUUUAGAGAUCGUCUGAAGUUUCUACCAGCCAGAGUGGAAGACUCUGGGAUUUAUGCUUGUGUUAUCAGAAGCCCCAACGUGAGUAAGACUGGAUACUUGAAUGUUACCAUACAUAAAAAGUCGCCAAGCUGCAAUAUCCCUGAUUAUUUGAUGUACUCGACAGUACAUGGAUCAGAUAAAAAUUUCAAGAUAACGUGUCCAACAAUUGACCUGUAUAAUUGGACAGCACCUGUUCAGUGGUUUAAGAACUGCAAAGCUCUCCAAGAGCCAAGGUUCAGGGCACACAGGGCCUACUUGUUCAUUGACAACGUGACGCGUGAUGAUGAAGGUGACUACACAUGCCAAUUCACACACAGAGAGAAUGGAACCAACUACAUCGUGACUGCCACCAGAUCAUUCACAGUUGAAGAAAAAGGCUUUUCUAGGUUUCCAGUAAUUACAAGCCCUCCAUACAACCACACAAUGGAAGUAGAAAUAGGAAAAACAGCAAGUAUUGCCUGUUCAGCUUGCUUUGGCAAAGGCUCUCACUUCUUGGCUGAGGUCCUGUGGCAGAUUAACAAAACAGUAGUUGGAAAUUUUGGUGAAGCAAGAAUUCAAGAAGAGCAAGGUCAAAAUGAAAGUUCCAGCAAUGACAUGGAUUGUUUAACCUCGGUGUUAAGGAUAACUGGUGUGACAGAAAAGGACCUGUCCCUGGAAUAUGACUGUCUGGCCCUGAACUUUCAUGGCGUGAUAAGGCAUACCAUAAGGCUGAGAAGGAAACAACCAAUUGAUCACCGAAGCAUCUACUACAUAGUUGCUGGAUGUAGUUUAUUGCUAAUGUUUAUCAAUGUCUUGGUGAUAGUCUUAAAAGUGUUCUGGAUUGAGGUUGCUCUGUUCUGGAGAGGUAUAGUGACACCUUACAAAACCCGGAAUGACGGCAAGCUCUAUGACGCUUACAUCAUUUACCCUCGGGUCUUCCGGGCCAGCUCGGCAGGAACCCACUCUGUGGAGUACUUUGUUCACCACACUCUGCCCGAUGUUCUUGAAAAUAAAUGUGGCUACAAGUUGUGCAUUUACGGGAGAGACCUGCUGCCUGGGCAAGACGCAGCCACUGUGGUGGAAAGCAGUAUCCAGAAUAGCAGAAGACAGGUGUUUGUCCUGGCCCCUCACAUGAUGCACAGCAAGGAGUUUGCCUAUGAGCAGGAGAUUGCUCUGCACAGCGCCCUCAUCCAGAACAACUCCAAGGUGAUUCUUAUUGAAAUGGAGCCUCUGAGCGUGGCAAGCAGACUACAGGUCGGGGACCUGCAAGAUUCUCUCCAGCAUCUUGUGAAAAUUCAGGGGACCAUCAAGUGGAGGGAAGACCACGUGGCCGACAAGCAGUCUCUAAGUUCCAAAUUCUGGAAGCAUGUGAGGUACCAAAUGCCAGUGCCGGAAAGAGCCCCCAAGAUGGCAUCUGUUGCGGUUCCUUUGAGUGGCAAGGCAUGCAUAGACCUGAAACACUUUUGA